AUGUCUUGGCAAGCCUACGUAGACCAGAGCCUGGUCGGCACCGGCAACGUCGACAAGGCCGCCAUCUUCAACAGCGACGGCAACAGCGUCUGGGCCACCUCCGCCGGCUUCACCGUCUCGCCGCAGGAGAUGCAGGAGGUCGUCACAGCGUACAAGGACCCGGGCAAAGACGGUGUGAAGCAGGUGCAGAGUUCCGGCUUGCAUAUUGCCGGCGAGCGGUUCGUGGUGUUGAAGGCGGAUGAUCGGAGUAUUUAUGGGAAGAAGGGUCGUGAGGGUGUGUGCAUUGUGAAGACGACUCAGGCGAUUCUCGUCACGCACUAUCCGGAAUCCGUACAACCUGGUGCGGCGGCAAAUACGGUGGAGCAGCUGGGCGACUAUCUGAUCAAGGUCGGGUACUAG